CUAGGACCCCGCCCAUCAGUCUCAGCGCCCGCGGAUUAAAACGCUCCCAAAAAAGGCACAAACCCCCUCCCUCUCUCCCUCCACGGCCCAUUAAUUCCCCCUCCCCUCACGCCAAACAUUAAAAACCCCCCAAAUCUUUUUCUUUUUGCUACCUUAUUCGCAUCCCCUUCCGUCCUUUCUCGGAUCUAGGGCACAAACCCUAGCUCCCCAAUCGUCCACCGCCUCGCGCCCGUCGUUGAAAUGUCGGCCGCCGACGCUGAGAAGAAGCCGGUGGAGGGCGAGAAAGCGGCGGCCGCCGCUGGAGAGCUACUGUAUUGCGGCGGCACCAACUGGGGUGUCAUGGGCCGCAAGGCCGGAACUCCUCUCACCGGGAACCUCGUCUCCCCCACCCGCCUCCGCCCCCUUGUUGGGGUCGACAUCCGCUUCGUCGCCUCUGGCUGCAGUUCUAUGGAUUCUGGCGGCUAGAAGGGAUUUAACAAGCUAAAUGAUCCAAUUUUUUUAAAUUGUUGCCUGCUGAACAAGUGAUUUCGUGGAACCGCAAGGUCCUGUAGCAUUUGUGCGGUUUUUAAAUUUCCUUUAUAUCCGAAUUUGUGCUAUCAUGUUAUUCUUUUGUGGAGUUUAAAACGGAAAAUGUAAGGCGGGAAUCAAGUGAAUGCUGUGCUUUGAAAAAUUCUAGUUAUGGUGAAGUAUUUGAUUCCUUGUUUUUACGUGUUAUUUCAUUUUUAUAUGGAUCUGAACACAAUUUUUAAUAAUGCGCUUCUUAAGUUUAAUUAAGACCAGAACAAAAAUUUUUUUUACAAAAACCUGGUGAUACCAUGGAACAUUCAAGCACACCCUUGCACAUCUCACUUUCUUAGAUUGGUGCAUCUGUUGCCUUUCUAUAGGUGGUUGGGUUAUCUUUGACAUCAGUGAACUGAUUUUGGUACCCAAAUGUGGCAACACCCCAUGAGAAUUGUGCAGAAAUAAACAAUAGUUUAUAUAAAUAUUGUAGUGUUCUCUUGCUUGUAACUCUUGUAGCCACAUCCUGUCAUAGAAAGCCAAAGAAAUGUCUUGCAUGGAUUAUAUUUGGUAUUGCCAACAGGCUAGCAGUAAAACAGCUUAUAAUUGAUCUGCAUGAUGAACUUCUCCUUGUAUGUAACAAAUAUAUGGCAUCGGGUGUGGUGGAUACAAGGGAGCUGGAUGAAUCAUGCUGGGCAGUAUCUGUCUAUUUGAUUGUUUGCAUGAUUUGUAAGGAACCAUUUGAACUAUUUUAUGGGAACUAAGGAUGAAAGAUGUACCUAAAAUUAUAUUUUAAUAUGUUAAAGACAUCCAUGAAGGGGUCUCGGCACAAGUUUCUUAAGUUACUGCAGUGGGAUGAGUUACCCAAAGAUGGAGUUACUACCGAUGACAAUGAGGUACUGUGUAUGCUUAAUUUGCUUGCUGUUCAGUGGAAAUUUAUUGGACAGCAAUACAGUUAAAUGCUCAAACUUUUUGGUGAAAGAAAGUAUUGGGAAACACUAGAACUGGAAUGGAGCAUAUGGGAUGCAGUUGGAUCAGUAACUCUCACAAAGAAAUAGUAGAGAACGGAUAUGAGGCUCCAAUAUGAUAGGGUGAUCAAUUUUGUUUCAUUGAUAUGUCCUGUAGUAGAGUAAAUGGUGACAGGGACUCAUAAUAGUAUAAAGUUGAUUGAUAAGAUCAGAAGUGCUUUUGGAACAUAUGCCUUUAAGACUAAUGGUGAAGUUAUAUAAGAUGAUUCUAAAUUUCAUGUUGUUGUGGAGUUUAAAAAUACAAGUGCAUAAAGCAAUAUAAGAAUGCUGAGGUGGGUACCUAGUAAAACUAGCAAGGAAAUGGUGAGGAAUGAGUAUAUUUUAUGAAGUAAAGGAUAUGGUGAGGAAUAAGUGCAUUAUAUGAAGUAAAUUAAUUGGAUCGAUUAAUGACAGUGUUAAAAAUCAAUGCAGAUGGUAUGCACAAGUGCAACAAAAAUUUAAUGGCAAACUUGGUAAAAAUAAGGAAUAGGAUCUUUUGAAAGGUGAAGAGGAAAUCUGGGGAGGCCUAUAAUAGCAUGGAUAGAAAUAGUGAGAAAUAAUUUGAGAAACUUGCAUUGACAAGGGAUAUAACCCAUAAUAGGCAAAUAUGGAAUAUGAUUACAUUUCAUGUCAUCUGGCCUACUCUGUUAUGAGGAACAUAUGCUAAACUGAUGAUCAAACUUUUGGAGGAAUUCUACUGCUUAAAACUGUCUAGCUCAUUAGCGCAUCUAUAACAAUAUGUUUCAAUUUAGACUCUAAUCUUGUGAUAUAUUGGAAGCAAACUUUGGGAGCCAGAUAUGUUAUUCUGUCUUCUAUGUAGUUAUUGUAAUACUGGAAAAUUUCAAGUGACUGUUGCUUUCACUAUUCAUACUUUUGUAGUAAUUUUUUUUGUUGAACAAUUUCUUGGUGUAGGGAUGACUUCUCAACCCAUUUAUUGUGAUUGAGUUGGUAAUGUACACAAACAGUCAGCAGCUGCUGCUGCUCUCUUGUUUUUUCCUCACUUCUAUUAAUUUCACAUCAUGUUCACCAGCAUCUUCUCAUCCAAGUCCUGGCCUUUAUUAAGUGAUUUCCUUGUGGAAGAUUCACAACAUUAGUCCUCAAGCUUGUAGUCUAGAAGCGAAGACUUUAGCCAUGAUAAAGAAUGCUCGUGAUUGAAAAUUGUGAGAGAUGUAUGAAAAACCUCUUUCUUAGACAGCAUCUUGCGGUAGCUUUCUCAAGAGGAGAAACUAAAUGUGAAAUGGGUUACGAGAGUCUACAUGUUUUUCUUAAUAAGCAUGUGCCUUAGAGCUUGAAAAUGAGACAAAGUGGUGAACCAUGUCCUCCUUGCGAAAGCUUUGGAAGCACGAGACCUGAUUUCUCUUCUGUAUUUGAGCCUUUUUUCAGUAUAUCCACUUCAUUGUCUUAGCUACAGCAAGUUUUCCUUUUCGUGUUUUGCUGCUCAAAAACUGCCCACAGUCUGCUGAUUUACUGGGUUGUUGUACUUUAGAUAUGUUAAUGUGGAAGCGUGAUCAAGUUGGUCUUCUAUUGUGGUUCAUGUCCCAAGAAUUUGGGAUAUUGCUUGCUUCUUGCCAUUGCGUGGCUUUGGAUGUUGAAGGCCGUUGCUAUACAUGGGGACGGAAUGAGAAGGGACAGUUGGGACAUGGGGAUACUCUUCAAAGAAAUUUGCCAACUAUUGUGUCUGGAUUGUCAAAAUAUAAAAUUAUCAGAGCUGGCACCGGGAGGAACCAUACAGUUGUGGUAACUGAAGAUGGGAAAUCUUUCUCUUUUGGUUUGAACAAGCAUGGGCAAUUGGGGUCAGGUUCAAUAAAGAAUGAAAUCGAGCCCUCUCCUGUUGCUUGUUUGGUUUCUGAAGCCACAAUUGGUGUUUGUGGGGCUGAUUUUACUGUAUGGCUGUCGUCAGUGGAAGGCUCCUCCAUAUUAACGGCAGGUCUGCCACAGUAUGGACAACUUGGUCAUGGAACAGACAACGAGUAUAAUGUCAAAGAAGGUUCUGUAAAGCUAGCCUAUGAGCCGCAGCCUCGUCCACGAGCAAUAGCUGCAUUUUCAGGAAAAACAAUUGUUAAAGUUGCCUGUGGAACUAACCAUACAGUUGCUGUUGAUUCAAGUGGCUUUGUUUACACCUGGGGAUUUGGUGGAUAUGGAAGGCUGGGUCACAGAGAGCAGAAGGAUGAAUGGGUUCCUCGUCUUGUUGAAGUAUUCCAAAGGCAGAAUGUUCUACCACUUGAUGCUAUAGUCUCAGCAGGUUCUGUCAGUUCUGCAUGCACUGCUGGAGGAGGUCAGUUAUAUAUGUGGGGAAAAUUGAAGACCACAGGCGAUGACUGGAUGUAUCCUAAGCCAGUUAUGGAUUUGAGUGGGUGGAAUAUCCGAUGCAUGGCCUCUGGUUAUAUGCACCAUGUUGUUGGUGCUGAAGAUUCAUGCAUUAGUUGGGGUCAUGCUCAGUAUGGAGAGCUUGGAUAUGGUCCCCUAGGACAGAAGUCUUCUGCGAACCCCAAAAAAGUUGAUAUUCUUAAUGGCAUGCAUGUGACAAGCGUGGCCUGUGGAUUGGGUCUUUCUCUGAUUGUUGUUGAUAGAGCAAAUGUUGGUGAUCGACUGGAUCAGCUGGAAGUUUACCAUGGUGAAAGUUCUGCUGAUGGAACAGAAGAUAAUGAAAAUGAAAAUAACACUCCUGGUAAAAGCACAAACAAAAGUGCUGCUAAUUCUUCUGCAAAUUCCAAGAAAAGGAAGAAUGGGGACUCGUCAGAGGAUGAAGAUGAAGGGGAUGACAGCAAUGAUGAUGAAGACAUGAAUGGUGAGAUCAAGGACACAAAGGGUAAGCGGGGUGGCAAAUCAUCUGGUAGAGGCCGAGGAAGGGGUGCCAAGAAGGGCGUAACUCAGGUGAGGAGUUCAGGAAGAGGGAGGGGCCGCCCUAAAUCUGAGAAAGGUUCUGGCCGUGGCCAAGGGCGCCAAGAAACUGAGAAAGCAAGCUCGGGACGUGGUCGUGGGAGAGGGCGGGCUGGGAAGAGGGGGAGGUCCAGUAGGCCCCAUGUCAGAACCUGCCAGAAUGGCCCUGAACCCCUGACCUCAUGCCGCUGUGGUUAGAGCGAUGCCUCGGGUCGUUAGAUCAAUCUGUCGAAGUGUUCUCACCUGAAGGCCUGCAAAAGAGUAGCUAUGAGAGUUGCAGGAUAGAUUUAUUUCUUUUGCUUCAGCAAUGUGUACAUGUAUCAUUUCUGAUGAGCCCAUGCUGAUGCAUGCGAAAUCAAAUGGUGCAUUGUAUACUUUAUCAGAAUGGCUUCUUUCAUGGUUUGGUUUUAGCUGUUCUCUUCAAA